CACUGAGAGCUGUGGGAGGCACCACGUCACUCAUUCACACCUGCAGGAUCCAACAGAGAACACAGAAAGGAUGCGUUGGGCAUGUGCGUUGGGUCUCUUGGCGGCCCUGCUGCAUCUGUCUACCUCUCUGCUGCUGGGAGCCUUCAACAUCAAGUCUUUUGGAGAGAAGAAGGCCUCCGACCCGGUUGUCAUGGGCUACAUCAGCGAGAUUGUUUGUCGCUAUGACAUCAUUUUGAUCCAGGAGGUCAGAGACCCGAGGCUGGUGGCGACCAACAUACUCAUGAAUUAUGUCAACAGUCGUUGUCCUCAGUACGCUUACCAUAAAGAGGUCAGCAAUCCUCUGGGUCCCAGCACCUACAAGGAGAGAUAUCUCUUCCUCUACAGGACGACGACGGUGUCCCUGGUCGGUUCCUACUACUACAACGACAUCCAGCAGCUCUUCAGCCGUCCCCCCUUCAUUGUCAAGUUCAAUGACGCUGGGAGGAACAUUGUUCUGAUCCCCCAGCACACCAGUCCAAAAAGUGGCCAGACCUGGAAGGAAAUCGAUGCCCUCUAUGACGUUGUGACUGAUGCCAGAGCCCAAUUUCAAACCAAUAACAUCAUGCUGCUGGGAGACUUCAACGCAGGCUGCUCUUACGUAUCUCGCUCCGACUGGCAGAAGAUCCGCCUCUUCACUGACAAGAAGUUCGACUGGCUGAUCCCCGACUCCGCCGACACGACGGUGUCACACAGUAAAUGCCCCUACGACAGGAUUGUGGUCACUGAUGACCUGAUGAAGGAAGUGGUGAGUGGCAGUGCUGGCGUCUUCGAUUACGAGUUGGCCUACGGUCUCACUCCUGUCCAGGCAAAGGCUGUCAGCGACCAUUUCCCUGUUGAGGUGGCACUGAAGUAAAAGCCACGACUACCGAGACCUUCAUGGGGAAUUUGAAUAAUGAUGACUUGAAUUGACUAGACCAAAAUAAACUAAUUAUUUCUGCAUUCUAUUAUUAUUGUUGU